AAUCGUGACGUAGGUCGUCUCAAGACGACCAAAGCUACGGCGAGGCUGACGUCGAGAGGAUGGCCUAGUCGUUCCAGCCACCGAAGCGGCUGCUUUUGUACAAAUUUUGAGUGACGGGUUAAUCUUCUAUAAUCUUGUAGGGGGGCAAUAGACCAUUUGCAGUCUCUCCCAAGCGCCCCGGCGCGCGCGCGAGGAAUCUUGGGAUCGGUGUUCUGUCGGCCCCCGUCGUCUGGCUGCUCUCCGUUGGAAUCGCAUCACCUCGCCCUAGACAUACUUUUCAUCUUCGUUGUUUAUACUUAAUAAUCCUCUUUUUUAUCUACUCCAGUGUAUUUUUCUUGUUCAUAAGUGUAUCUAUUUCGUUCAGCGCUUUGUAUUUCUUCUGUAUAUUACGUGUUUUUGUGCAUAUUCCAUCGUUUUCGACGCGGCCGUCGACGGACACCACGCCGCUUCGUUCGCCGCUCCCGGGGGAAGGCUAUGGCGACACGGGAUGUACCAGAGCCGCAAGAGCUACCACUUCCAGCAGGACCUUGGACCAAGCAGCUGAAGGACUUUCCUUCCGCAUUCUCGGAAAGCCACAUCCAAGGGCAUGGCCAAGCAGCUGGAGCACAGAAGCACACAAGUUCUGGCUACAAAAUGUUCAAGGCCCACAAAGUGCAGAACAUCUUCCUCCACACCACAAGUGCAUCAGAGACAAUUGUCAAGGCUAACGUGGAGGCUUCCAUGACCCUUACGAAGCGAUACGCAGUGCAUGCUGUGCUCUGCCAAGAUGGGCAGGUCAGCAAGGCUUCCUGUUCCUGCAAGGCUGGACAAGGCGGUGUGUGCAAGCAUGUGGCAGCACUGCUUUGGCACAUGCUAGACCUGAUAAGGGAGGGAAGGUCCUACAUCCCGGAUGCUCUGGCCUGCACUGAGGGAGCAAGGCAGUGGGGCCCAUCUUCAAAGAGAGGUGCAAGUACGGUGUCGUUCAACGAACUAGAAUUCGUCAAGCACGACUCUAGCAACAAGGCGAAGAGUGCGAGAAAAACCACGGAAGUGCAUGUGGACGUGGCGCAGGCAACCGUCAAGAGGCUGCAUACAGAUUUCAUUGAGAAGGGAAUAUUCCCAAUGUUUGCGGACGUGAUGGAAGAAGCUGCCUUCACACCCUUGCCAAGGAAGGUUCAGGAGCACUCGAACACGGAUGAUGGGGCCUCUGCAGCACGGAUCAGCUUGCCCAUAAAAGAGUGCUGGAAUCACCAGAUGCCACCAAGCGAUCCAUGCACCCUGACUCUUACACAAGCUCAGCACCUGGAGGAACAGACACGUGGCCAAAGCAGAAGUAUGCUGUGGCACACGGAACGUGAGAAAAGGAUCACGGCAUCACAGUUCGGAGACAUCGUCAAACGACAAGCACCCGUGAACGAAAAGUUUCUCAGGACGAUUUUCUCGGGCGGACAUGGCACGACACGUCACAUGAGGGCGGGACUUCAGAAUGAGGCGGCUGCUCUGAAGCGCUACAAGGCCAAGCAAAAGGUCCAAGUCUUCAGUGUUGGCCUUUGCAUCAACCCUGGCCUUCCCAUGCUGGGGGCAUCACCAGACGGGCUGGUCUGGGACGAAGAUAUACAGGAGUACGGACUAGUCGAAGUGAAGACCGUGUCACGGGCGAUAGAUGCGAACCUGACGACCUUCGAGGAGGUGAUGAGCAGAGGGUUUGUGGAGUUUAUCCAUGCGGACAAGAGUGUCGACAAAAAGCACAAGCACUACUACCAGGUGACAGGACAACUUGCGCUCACAGGACUGGAGUGGUGUGACCUUGUUGUUGACUGGGCGAAAGACUGCUGGGUCACACGGGUGCCCUUUGAUGAGGCACUCUGGGUGAACGUUAUGGUGCCACGCCUGACAGACUUUUUUUUUAAAUAUCGGAAAGACUGAGUGUUGAUCAUAAAAUUGUAGUGUCUGUUGUGGGCGGUUCUAGUGCCAAGUUUGGACACUUUUGGUAAUCGGGUUGCAAACACUGCCCGCGUGGGUGGGCGGCUCCGUACGUCAGCCUGCUGGUUUCGACUUCGACAACACCGGUUCUUGGCCUACCCGGUUUACGCAACUCGAGGAGUACGCUUAUGCCUCCGUACUUCGCCAAGCACCACCGGACAUUCAGGUGCGGACACUUCUCUACUGCAUGGGCCCCGAGGCUCGGGUCCUUCUCGACAUGUUCGGCUUGAACGCCGCCUCCCUGAACAACUACAACACGGUGGUCAAGCGCUUCUCGGAACACUUCCUGUACCCCGUCAACGAGGUGUAAGAGUCCUCGAGGUUCCACGAGCGGGUUCAGCAGCCGGGAGAGAGCGUCGACAGUUACUACGCCGAGCUCUGCAAGCUUGUCAAGUGGUGCAACUACCCGUCCCCCAAAGUCGAAGAACGCCUGGUUCGCGACCGGUUCGUUGUUGGUCUUUGCGACGAACGCCUGUCCGGCCAGCUCUGCUGGAAAGCCAAGCUCAGCCUCAAGGACGCGUGGACGCAGGUGAGGCAGAUCGAAGACGCCGAAAAAGAAAAAAACUGCUCGCGGGAGUCGAGAGUGUCCAGGUCACCGUCAACGUUGACGCCACCAAGUCUUGUCAUGGUCCGACGCACCAACGCAAGACAACAAAACGGUCAGACGACGCAUCAGCAGUGUCUUCACUUGGCGAUAACGACCCAGGUUCCUGCAGCUACUGCAGUCGGGCCCCCCACACACGCUCAGACUGUCCUGCUCGGCAGUCUCUGUGCAAUUAUUGCAAGAAGAAGGGCCACUUCGCGGACGUCUGUUGCGCUCGGAAACGAAAGCAGAGCAAGGUGGCGUUCCUUACCGCUCCACGCAAUCCUCGAGACUGAGAAGGCCAAGGCCAAGUACGUUGAGGUCAAUGUCGACAACUACACGGCGAUAUUCAAGGUAGAUUCCGGCGCGGAGGCGUCUGCUGUUUCGGAAGCCUUCCCGAACUUACCUCAUCAUCUGGACAAGGUCGACGACCUGCUGACAGCACCAGGAGACCAGUCGCUAAAAGUCAUUGGGUACUUCAUGGCUACCCUCCUGUGGCGAGGCAAGACCGGUCAUCAGCGUCUGUACGUGAUCAAGUCCCUCUCUAUGCCCCUGCUCGGGUUCCCAGCCAUCCAGGCUCUGGGUGUGGUAAAGUUCUUGGACGACAUGAAAGUGCCGGCACCGCAGGGACUUUUCAGAGGUCUCGGCACGCUCAAGGAGGAGUACAAGAUUCGGCUACGCCCGGAUGCGGUUCCGUUUUCACUUAGUGUUCCAUGCCGCAUACCGAUACCCCUGCGCGAGGUGGUGCAAACAGAACUGGCCAAACUGGAGCAAGACGGAGCCAUUCGGCGUGUCACCAACCCCACACCUCGGGACGCUGGACUGUUCAUGGUUCCAAAGUCGUCGGGAGGUUACCGUGUCUGUAUCGACUUUACAAAAUUAAAUCAAGUUGUCCCGAGAGAACGUCAUGUGCUCCCCACCGUCGAUCAAGUCCUGGGACUUCUGGGCGAUGCGGCAGUCUUCUCGAAGCUCAAAGUUACCUCAAGCUUCCAUCAGGUCAAGCUUUCCAAGGACUCUCAAGAGCUUACGAUGUUCAUUACGCCGUAUGGGCGUUAUUGCUUUUGCCGACUCCCAUUUGGCAUCACGUCGGCCCCUGAGUUUUUCCAGCGACAGGUGGCGUGGAUCUUGGAAGUCCUAGACGGAUUGGUCAACAUGGUCGACGACAUCCUAGUCUUCGGCAGAACGAAAAAGGAACAUGACCAACGCCUGCGGCAGGUGCUGUUGUGUCUCUCCGAGGCCGGCGUCACCCCUAGCUUCCGUCGACGGUUCGGCCUCAGGUGGACCUGUCUACUCGCGUCAUCGUGAUGUGCCUCGUCCAGCAUCACCACCACGUGUUCGUGGUGAUGGUACGGGCCGACACUACUCAACCCAUUCUGGAAGACAAGUGGUCGCUCCCAAGAGACUCAAUCUGUAAAACUUUGUUUUUUUUCACAGCCAAGGUGUCCGAUACUCUCCUUGAACAUUCUAAAGGGGGGAUUUUGCGGGCGGUGCUAGUGCCAAGUUUGGACACUUUCGGUAAUCGGGUUGCAAACACUGUGCCCACGUCUUGUGUAAAAAGCCAUUGCCUCGUGUGAUAAAGGUGCCUUUUGGUUCCUAGCUCUGGACGCUCAGUUGGUUGCUUGCCGUCGCUGGUGGGCUGUGCAGUUUCACCGCCGGCCACAGCCCGGCACGGCAGUGUCACAAAGGAAUCAACCUCAUUUUUAAUGCCAAAGACUUGGAGAACAUAUAAUAAACCAACUUUUGUGAACUGAAAGUGGCUGUCAUGACAAGUAGUUGGAAUGCCUCAGACUGCUCAUGUCGGCACAAGAAUUUGUUGCAAACUGUAGCGCGUACCUCUGUCCGAUAUAGUAGUCGCAAUAUUUGUGUACUGAAAAUAGUUUGUGCACUGUGCAUGCUAAAUUUCAUACACUUUUCCAUUGUUUACAAACCCACGCCCCAGCGUGUAAUCUUCACAGCCUAGCAUGCGCGUGGUCGUCAGUUGUGAAACCGUCCAAAGCACGCGCCAUACACACAAACACUAAAGAUGGUAUGGGAGCGUGUGACACCUAAAGAGGGCAUGAUCCUCUUCUGCAUUAUGCGCGAAAGUUCCAACAACGACCAUGUGCUGUGGCUACCAACGCCGCUUCCGGCGGCCCACCUGGGAGCAAAAUUGGUUUACGGUAGUGUCGUUACUGAUUUCAGCGCUAUUGAUGGUGAAAUUUUGGUUGCACGUCAAGGUCCCCACAUGUUCUUCCUCUGGGGUGACAGACAUCUUCCUUUGGUUUAAUCUGUAAACCCUCUAAUCUUCAUUUGCUGGGGCAUAUUGACGGAGAAUUUUAGUAAUUCGCACAAUUUACAAUGCAACAGCUUGUUUUCAACAUCUUGAAUUUUUGCCUGUGGCACACGCAAUGGCAUCUCAGUUAAAGCCCCUUCAUGUUUUAAAAGUAGCGCAAAGUGCGUCGAUGCACGAGGCACGUGCAACAUGCAGCCCUUGGGAAGAUCAUGGCGACACAGCGCAGCACUGAGCUAGAUUUCAGACGCCAUGUCCUUCCCAGAAGUGGCACACGGUACGUGUCUCGAGAAUUUCCACAACAAUGAAUGGCGCCACUUUUCCCAGGAUAGAGGGGCUUUAAUCUCAGUCUGCCUGUUGCCCCACCAAACAGUUCUGCUAGGAGUCGACUGUG